AUGCCGGGCUAUUGGGGAUACGAGAAGCUCAGAAUGAAGUGUACCAACCCAGAUGACCCCGACCCCGCAGAGCUUGUAUUGAAAUAUCUCCGAGUUACCAUUGGGUCAAACAAGGGUAAUUCCCCCGGCAUUCCCUACGUAAUGGAGAUCUGGCCCCCUGGACACCGGUCUGUGAUUCACGACCAUGGCAAAGCAUGUGCGGUCAUCCGCGUACUCUCGGGUACGAUUAAUUGUACCUGGUAUGACUCGCUUGACACCGAAGGGGGACCAAGGCGGUUGGGUAAUACCGCUGAGUUCAGGGAAGGCCAAGUCACUUGGCUGGGAGAGAACCAUUACCAGGUCCACUCACUGGAAAACAGAACACAGCAGACUUGCAUCACCUUACAGUGCUAUGAGUUCGCGGAGAAUGACAAUAUACAUGACGAGAACUUUUGGUAUAUUGACAGAGUUAGGGGCAAAAAGAGGGCCUGGCCCCCUACCAGUGAUUGUACUUUUGCAGACUUCUACAACAUUAUGAGGCGGGAGAGAGACGCUGACAGAAACCUUAUGGAUGGAUAA